CAAAUUAAAGUCACACACCCAAAAAAAUACUCACUUUGCAAAGUUCCUAUUUUUAUUAUUUUUUAUUCAGAUCAUCUCAUCAUUUUGCAAAAAGAAAAGAAAGGAAUAAUAGUCAGAGUGUGAGAGAGAAGAAAACCAAACCAAACCAAAGCUACUUCCUUGUUACAUAGAAUAACCGGAAACAAGGUGAGUGAGUGAGUGAGUGAGUGAGUGAGGGAGAAGAAGGUUUUAGUUUUUACUAUUGAAUCAUUGAUGACGGGCUUCAAGCUCAUAAUGUGGAAUGUGUUACUGCUUGUGGCUUUUUCUCUCAUUGCUUCUGCCAAGGCCUCAGUGUCCUAUGACUCGAAGGCUAUCACCAUUAAUGGCCAGAGAAGGAUCCUCAUUUCUGGAUCCAUUCAUUACCCAAGGAGCACCCCUGAGAUGUGGCCAGAUCUUAUUCAGAAGGCCAAGGACGGAGGUUUGGAUGUGAUUCAGACUUAUGUUUUCUGGAAUGGACACGAGCCCUCACCUGGCAAGUAUUAUUUUGAGGGGAACUAUGAUCUGGUGAAGUUCAUAAAGCUGGCGCAGCAAGCAGGCCUUUAUGUUAAUCUCAGGAUUGGUCCUUACGUCUGUGCUGAGUGGAACUUCGGGGGUUUCCCUGUUUGGCUAAAGUACAUUCCGGGAAUCAGCUUCAGAACAGACAAUGGUCCAUUUAAGUAUCAAAUGCAAAAAUUUACAACGAAGAUCGUUGAUUUGAUGAAAGCCGAGAGGUUAUUUGAGAAUCAGGGAGGUCCAAUAAUUUUGUCCCAGAUUGAAAAUGAAUAUGGACCUAUGGAGUACGAAAUUGGUGCUCCGGGUAAAUCUUACACUAAGUGGGCAGCAGAUAUGGCUAUAGGACUUGGUACUGGAGUUCCAUGGAUCAUGUGCAAGCAAGAUGAUGCUCCUGAUCCUAUUAUUAACACUUGCAAUGGCUUUUAUUGUGAUUAUUUCUCUCCAAACAAAGCUUACAAGCCAAAGAUGUGGACAGAAGCUUGGACUGGCUGGUUUACUGAGUUUGGAGGUCCUGUUCCUCAUCGACCUGCUGAGGACUUGGCAUUUUCAGUUGCAAGGUUUGUACAGAAAGGGGGAUCAUUUGUAAAUUAUUACAUGUAUCAUGGGGGAACAAAUUUUGGUCGAACUGCUGGUGGUCCCUUUAUUGCUACAAGCUAUGAUUAUGAUGCACCCCUUGAUGAAUAUGGAUUGCUCAGGCAACCAAAGUGGGGUCAUCUGAAGGAUUUACACAGAGCAAUAAAACUCUGUGAACCAGCAUUAGUAUCGGGAGAUCCUACUGUAACAAAGAUUGGAAACUAUCAAGAGGCCCAUGUCUUUAAAUCAAAGUCGGGAGCUUGUGCUGCAUUCCUUGCAAACUAUAACCCGAAAUCUUAUGCAACAGUGGCUUUUGGAAAUAUGCAUUACAACUUACCUCCUUGGUCUAUAAGCAUUCUUCCUGACUGCAAGAACACCGUUUAUAACACUGCAAGGGUUGGUUCUCAGAGUGCCCAGAUGAAGAUGACUCGUGUUCCUAUUCAUGGUGGACUCUCUUGGCAAUCAUUCAACGAGGAAACGACCACUACCGAUGAUAGUUCCUUCACCAUGACUGGCCUGUUGGAGCAGUUAAAUACGACGAGAGAUUUAACCGACUACUUGUGGUACUCCACAGAUGUUGUGAUUGAUCCAAAUGAAGGAUUUCUGAGAAACGGAAAUGAUCCUGUUCUUACGGUGUUCUCUGCUGGGCAUGCUUUGCAUGUUUUUAUAAAUGGUCAGCUAACAGGAACUGCAUAUGGAAGCUUGGAAUUCCCUAAACUUACAUUUAGCAAGGGAGUGAAUCUCAGAUCUGGUGUUAACAAGAUCUCUCUUCUAAGUGUUGCAGUUGGACUACCGAAUGUUGGUCCUCAUUUUGAAACAUGGAAUGCUGGUGUUCUUGGCCCAAUUUCAUUAAAUGGUCUCAACGAAGGGAGAAGGGACUUGACCUGGCAGAAAUGGUCUUACAAGGUUGGUCUGAAAGGUGAACUCUUGAGUCUUCACUCUCUCAGUGGAGCUUCCUCAGUGGAUUGGAUUCGGGGAUCUUUGGUUUCUCGAAGGCAGCCAUUGACUUGGUACAAAACAACUUUUGAUGCGCCAGCUGGGAGUGCACCAUUGGCUUUAGACAUGAACAGCAUGGGCAAAGGUCAAGUGUGGUUAAAUGGACAAAAUCUUGGUCGCUACUGGCCUGCUUAUAAAGCAUCUGGUACCUGUGAUUACUGUGAUUAUGCUGGAACUUAUAAUGAGAAAAAAUGUACAAGUAACUGUGGCGAAGCUUCUCAAAGAUGGUAUCAUGUUCCUCAUUCAUGGCUAAAGCCAACUGGAAAUUUAUUGGUUGUGUUUGAAGAGUUAGGUGGAGAUCCAAAUGGAAUCUUUUUGGUUAGAAGGGAUAUAGAUAGUGUAUGUGCUGAUAUUUAUGAGUGGCAGCCAAAUCUUGUAAGCUAUCAGAUGCAAACUUCAGGCAAAGUUAGCAAACCAGUGAGACCAAAAGUUCAUUUAUCAUGUGGCCUUGGACAGAAAAUCUCAUCAAUCAAAUUUGCUAGUUUUGGUACUCCAGUAGGUUCUUGUGGAAACUUCCGUGAAGGAAGCUGUCACGCUCACAAGUCUUAUGAUGCCUUUCAAAGGAAUUGUGUUGGACAGAACUGGUGCACAGUAACUGUGUCACCUGAAAAUUUUGGAGGAGAUCCAUGUCCAAAUGUCAUGAAGAAACUCUCAGUGGAAGCUAUUUGUUCCUGAUCAUUUUAACCUCAAAAUAAAUGGAUUGAACUCUUCACAUCGAUUUUUUUCCCACUAUUCAAUACAGUGCCUUUGGUUCAAUGAAAGCCUAUAAUUUGAUCACCACAAGCAUUAUUAUUUUGGCUUUACCAAGGUGAAGUUGCAAAAAACACAACACACCAUGUGGUUGAAAGCCUGUAAAGAUUGCUGAGAUGAUUGUGGAUAUGUGUAUAUACCUGUGUUCUGCUUGUUAUACAGAAGUGAAAGGUGAAGAUUUGGUUGGUGCACGAUGAGACAUACUGAUUGAGUCCUUGUGCUAGUGUUUUAGACUUAGUGCGGAAGUCUCUUGCUUCCUGUAAUAUUAUUUUUCUCUUCUAAGCUGCAUUCAUAGCGAUUUAGUUUCUUUCUUCCUGUAAGAAACUUCCCAAGAUAAUAAGAUCUUAUUAAAUUCAGUCAUUUUUGUUUCCUUAUUU